GAAGGCUGCAAUGGUUUGGAGGAUAACGCUGAGGCAGUGUCGGGGAAAUGCAUCCAGUCGGCGCCGAGUGAAUAUUGUGUGUGUACAAGCGUUUGGCACUGGCAGUGGUUGUUUUCAACCUGCCAUCUGUCCUUCUCGCUGUCUUGGACGUUGCCAACGGCAGCCAGCAACAUCCACGCGACGCCUUCAUACUAUUUAGUGAUGCUCAUAAUCGCGCAUGAUCAUUGAGCACCAGAAUCUUGAAGUUGAAGUGAUCGCUUGAGCUGCCCCACACCGAUCUUAUUCUUUUCCCCGGUUCGCCUGUCCUUUACAUAUCUUGGAAAUAGAUCUGGAACAUGGCACCCAAUUUCCUAUCCAAGUUUGUCAAGAGCAGCUCCCCUUCAGGUUCUGACCACCAUAGGUCUCGCACCAGCUCGUCCUCGCGUUCUUCCUUUAACAUCGCUUCAAAACCCACCAUUGCUCUAUCUCCGGCACCCCCUGGCAAUAAGCCAGCAUCCGCGCCGUCCGGCUACGAUAGCUCCGAUUCGUCUAAUCCUAAUGUCACUGUCGUUCCACCAUCACCCCACACCAGCGACCUUUCCUUUGGAGACCAGCAGAGCAAUAAGUCGGCUGUGAAGAUCGACGCUGCAGCCAACGGCAGCCUGUCUUCCUCGACGACACGUCGUGUUCACUCAUUGUCAGUUGGAAACCAAUCACCGUCCUCACCCGCAACUAGUCCAGAGGAAGAUCCAAUGACACCGACUCCCUGGUCCAGACCAGCUGCGCCUGACCGCUCCACUACGGUACGGCCGUUGUCGCAGUCGAAUUCGGCGGGUGACCUCCGCUCUCUAGGCCAGCAAGGCUCACCUUUACGUGCAAGUACUGUUGCACCCGCUGGACAUUUGGAGGAACCGACACCACGUAAAAGGACAAUUUCGCAGAAGUCAAGCCGCAGUGCACUCAGAGUCAAGAUAGACAAUAAUGCAUCAUCUACUACAACAAAUGACCAGGCUGCUACCAUUGCGGCUCCUAUCACGACCUCACCAUCGGAGUUAACUUCAGGUGCUGAAACUGCAUCGAUCAUUGUCGAUUCUCCUACUCAUAUCAACACGGACUUUGGCCCUAUCAAACCUAUUGCUCCGAGUGCAACGAUGCCUAGCGUCACCAGUUCCUCUUUGCUCGUCCCAGACAAUUCGGACUCUGUUUCCGUGUACUCCGUCGGAGGCACGAAGAAGCGUCGCCCAUGGCAUCGUUCUUCAGCGAAGGAGAAGGAAAGGGAAGCUUCAAUGCCUUCGCUUUCUACGUCAUCCACGUUCUCUACCAGUACAUCACCAAAAUCCAAGCGCAAGGCAAGUGCUGCAAACGGUCUUGCCUCAGCACUCGCAGCGUCCGGUCUUGCCAUGGCAAAUCCGGGUGCAAUCAUGCAGCCAAUGCCCAUUUCUGAGAACAGUACCACUUCCACCGCUCGAGCUACACGGUCUAAUUCCAUGGCGAGCGGUACUGUGUCGCCUGGUCAUAGUGUCACCUCUGCAUCACAUAGGCGACGGACGUCUAAUGACACACCAAAGACUCCUCCACCCCACUCCUCACGGUCGCGCCAGACGUCGAUCAGUUACGCAACCAGCGACAUUUCUGAUAGAGCAUCUUUCUACUCUGGUGAUGAGGGAGAGGACAUGGGCUCUGGCUCAGAGGGGGAGGACCUGGACGAUUUGGAUUUAGAUGCAGAUGAUAUACCCGUCACGGGCUUUGCGGUUGCUAGUGCUAGACGCAACCAAGAAUUCCAUGAGAUGUUCAGCAAUAUUCCCGAGGGUGACUACUUAAUCGAAGAUUAUGGCUGCGCGUUGCAACGUGAGAUCCUCAUUCAGGGGAGGCUGUACAUAUCCGAGAACCAUGUAUGCUUCCACGCCAACAUCUUCGGCUGGGUCACCGAUCUUUGCAUACCCAUGCACGAGGUUAUACAGCUCGAAAAACGCAUGACGGCGUUUGUCAUUCCCAACGCAAUUCAAAUAAUAACUCGAACUGCGAAAUACACGUUCACGUCGUUUCUUUCUCGAGAUACCACUUUUGAUGUUAUGUAUAACGUUUGGAGAUUAGCCCGACCAGAAGGGGAUUCUACGUCCGUCCUCGUUGCCCCAUCGGGACUGAAUGGUGAUGCAAUCAGGGAGUCUGUGGGAGACAUGAAUGGCGCCGUUCUUAAUGGCAAGAAGGGCAACGAGGUUCUAGUGGCCGCAAGGAUGAACAAGUUUACCCAGUGUGCUUGUGGUAGGGCUGGUCAACAUUUUAGUGAAAUCGCGAUGGAGAGUAUACUCCCAGGCACACCGGAGAAGAUAUACAAUCUCAUGUUCACCAGCGGGUUUAUAAAGGAGUUCAUGCGAAGCGAUCAGAAGCUCCUUGACAUCCAGAUAUCUGAUUGGACGCCUCUGCCUGAUAAUCCAGUGUUGCUGUUUCGCAAUAUGUCCUACAUUAAACCGCUGACCGCAAGCAUUGGUCCAAAACAAACCAAGUGUGAAAUUCAUGACGAGAUGGUUCAUUGCGAUUUUGAGGACUAUGUCGUGAUGAUGGCCACGACGAGGACGCCGGAUGUUCCAAGCGGAGGCGUCUUCUCUGUGAAGACGAGGACAUGUCUCACCUGGGCGAGUAGCAUCUCAACAAAGGUCGUUGUAUCCACCCAGGUAGAAUGGACAGGACGGAGUUUCAUCAAGGGUAUCAUUGAGAAAUCUUGCAUCGAUGGACAGAAGACGUACCAUGCUGAUCUUGAAAGAGCCAUGCGGGAUUACAUACACCAACACCAAUCCGAAUUCAUCCCCGAAGGCAUCGACGUCGCCGUGGUAGAAGAGGCUGAAGCGCAAGCUGAAGCCCCCAAGACGCCUCUUAUUGGAGAGCGACUACCACUCAGUGAGGAAGCCCGCUUGCGCGAACAAGAACGAAACUUGCGGGGAUUACAGUGGGCGUACGAUACGUUCGAGGGCGCUUUCAAAGUUGCGCAACAAUCAACAGAAGGUGCUUUGGAACUCAUCCGAGACGCUUGGGAUCAAUCUACGACGAGCACCAUUCUUUAUUUCGUCAUUGUCAUCCUGGUCAUCAGCAAUAUCUGGACAUUGGCUAUGAUGGGCAAGCGUGAAGAGGUGGGGAGGCGCAAGGAGCUGAAACGGACUGAAGAAAGAGAACAAUGGGUUCAAGGGAUCGUUACUGCCCUUUGGGAUGAGCUGAAUGGGAACAAGAUACCAGUGGCGGGGGGUUCGCCUAUCGUGCGAUCCAGUACUGCGACGGGCUGGCGAGAGGAGAUAGCAGAACUCACGUUGGCGCUGGAUAUCGUUGAAGAUAGAGUCAACAGGCUGAGACAGAGUAUAUCCAACAUUGAAUCAUAGAACGGACUGAUGUUUAUUACUUCCAGUAUUGGGUUCUUCUUGGGCGGAUAUGUGUACUUUCAUUCCUUCACUCAUCCUGUGUAUGAUAUGCUAGUAAUCGUUUUACAUCGUUGAAUACAUUCUUCUUGGAUACCGCUGACCAAAGGUAUAUACUGCGAGACAUUCAUCCGAUCCUUCCAAAAGUCUCGAUCAGUUCUGUCCCUCCUCAUCCGCGCUGUUCCAAUGAAAAG